AUGUACUGUUUAUGGUAUCUUCGAUUGGCAUUAGAAGUUAUAUUAGGACAACCAAUAACGCCCUCAUUAAAACAAACCGUAAACACACCACAAGCCUAUCAAACAACACAAAGGAAUAUCGACGAAAAUAACUAUCGUUAUGUUCAUAAUUU